AUGGCCGACUUCCGAUCAAAAUUCGUUCGCAAUGUUAGCGACGAAAACUUACCCAAAUCAGACUCUGAGUCGUUCGUUUUUGCUCAGAAUGAUCCUGAAAGGUCUUACCGCCAUGAGCGCUCGCUCAACCUUGCCAAGCCACUUCCAGAUCCUAACGCCCCCUUCACUGACUAUCCACCUUCUUCUGCGGAGCAGCAUGAACUUUCCACUUUUUCUAACCCUUUUCAAGACCCACGCAAUCCAUUUGACUCAUCAACGAUAACCCCAGAAACAAAUGGAUAUCGUGUAUACCCUGAGCUGCAACCUACGGGUUCUGAAGCUGCCCUUUACCCAUACCAGCCUGUUUUUGCCCCUGAGGUCACUUACCCACACGCAGGGAGGCUGGACUUGCCACCAGAGCCUCCAUACACGGAUAAGCCUAGUCUGCGACAACACGAGCGCAAUCGCAUCAAAUUGGAGCAGCGCUUGCCACGCUAUCAUGUCACAAAAUUACCAUGGUUUACCAUGUUGGCUACAGUGAUACAAGUUGCUGUUUUCAUCGCGGAACUUGCCAAAAUGGGCCGUCUCACAGGCUCGCCACUUCAGACUAAACCAUAUUUCAACCCCAUGAUUGGGCCAUCGCCGUAUUUACUUAUCAAUAUGGGAGCUCGAUAUGUGCCAUGUAUGCAUCGAAUCACCAACAUCACUCUGGAUACAACGAUCAACUUUCCAUGUCCAAACUCCACGUCACUGGAUUCGGAUGUUUGCAACUUAAGUGAACUCUGUGGUCUCAGUGGCGUUCGCGAAGUCGACGGUGAGUUCAUUCCAGACCAAUGGUAUCGUGUUGUGACCCCAAUUUUCUUACACGCUGGGUUUCUUCAUAUAGCAUUCAACAUGCUUCUCCAACUUACGAUGGGAGCAGCCGUGGAAAGACAAAUUGGAUGGUUAAAGUUUGGCGUAAUAUAUAUGGCAAGUGGCAUUGCUGGAUUUUUAUUGGGGGCUAAUUUCUCGCCAGACGGAAUUGCCUCUACCGGGGCGCUGGGUGCUCUUUUCGGAAUCAUUGCCACGAACAUGCUUCUCUUCAUUUUCAGUGGACGCAAAAACACAAACAUGUACGGCACUAAACGUUACGGGCUUUUUAUGGCAGUGAUGGUAUUUGAAGUGCUAGUUUCGUUUGCGCUUGGUCUUUUGCCUGGCUUGGACAAUUUUAGCCAUAUUGGCGGAUUUUGUAUGGGACUUCUUUUAUCUGUUGUUCUUUUACAGGAUCCCUCCCACGUGUACGUCGAUGGUGUUUAUACAUACGAACCUGACACUCGUACGUGGCAACUUUUCCUCAACAAUUGGAACCCAAUGAACAAGUGGCAUGACAAAGUUGCGUGGAAAGCGACAGUGUGGAUGGUCCUCCGUGUGAUUUGCUUGACGUUGGCUAUCCUCUUUUUCGCUUUGCUUUUCCGUAAUUUAUACUCGAAAGGGAUGCGAGACGAGGGCAACAAGUGUUCCUGGUGCAAAUAUAUUAACUGUAUCCCGGUUCAUGAUUGGUGUGACCAGGGCCAGGUAACAGUUACCACAGAACCUGCCACACCUACAGCGUCGCUGAAUCCUCUGCCUUUAUCUACAUUGGUCAUUCCGCUGGCCGAUAGUACUCUCCCAGCAAGUAUCAACAACCCAAACAAUAAGCGCAACUUCGACGUCUUCGUUGAACAGCCGGUACAAGGUGCACAACAAAAUUGCAUAGGUUUAGUCUUUGGUAUUGCUUUUUUCAGCGUCGCAGUGAUGUUCUUUAUGCGGAGAAGAUGGAAGUCCAAGAACUAA